CUUAAUCGACUGUGGAUUACUGAAGUAGAUGAAGCGCUCCAUCGUCUAGAUCGCGAUCCGUCUCCAAGAUCUACUGGUAAGGCCUGCUUCUCUCUUCCACUUCUUUCGGCUUCACUAUCUGCGUUUUUUAUGGUGAACUCGCUUCCCUUCUCUUCGCCUCUGUGUUUCGCAUUCUUAAACCGUAAGGGCUUAUGCGAAAAAUAAGGCUUUGGUGAUUGAGAGAAGGCGGAUUUUUGGCUUCCACUGUUAGACGUGGGUUACUACAUGGAAGUGCACCUCAAAGAUCUAUUUGCUAGAUUCCAAGAACAAUUCGGCUUAGGUCCGGGCCUUGGACCUAGCUGUGGAACUUGCCUUCUCAAGGUUGAAGGAGCUUCCCCAGCAUUCAUCAAAUCCCUCUUCCGGGCUGCUGCAGCUCUGUUCCGUACUGAACCAUGGAAGAGACUGCGGCCGAAACAUCUAUUUGGCAUUCGGGUAGGGAAGGACACAGAUUGGCCCAACAAGAAGCAAUUGUUUCCUUGUGCCCAAUUUAUUGGAGGAGAUGGAGGUGACCUCGGCGUCCACUUGUUCAAAUCCGAUCAGGAUGCGCUGAAAAUGACUGGUGCAAGGGAGACAAUUCGGGUACCAAAUAUGGAAGUGCUUAGGGUGAUUUUUGAGCAGGAAUCUUUGUUAUUUCCCUCUAACAAGAGAAUGGUGAAAUCUCUCUCAUUGGAAUCCUCUGGCCCGGAUAGGUUUCCUGUGAUUGAUGUUGCACGAUGCACAUCUGCUGGUGGGCUGCAGUUUAGAAAUCCUACCCUUGAGGAACUCCGGUAUGCGUAUGCUUUCAUGAAGGCAGCAGCUCUUGUGCACCCACUGCUUCAGUUCUCCAACGAUAGCAUGCAUCGAAGAGGAAGGUUUAUGAACCUUGAACCGUUUAUGGAGACGGUUGAUGUGCAAUGGCCUCCUGAAGUCACCAAAGGUGGUGACCUUGUUGCUGUCACUAUCUCCCAUCCAACCAGUCAAGUGUACGAAGAGAAGAAGCUAGUGCCAACAUCAGCUAAGUAUAUGGAGCAGCCCAAGGAAGAACUUCCCAUGGUGGAUCCAAAUUCUGUUACUUCGAGACAUUGCUCUAUGUGUGACAAAGAAGUUCAGGAUGAUCAAUCUUUGUGUUGCGGACGAUGUGGCGCGGUGGUUUACUGUGGCCCGGUGUGUCAGAAGCAGCACUGGAAGGAUGCACACAAGGGCGCAUGUGGUCUCUACAAAGCAAUGAUGGAAAGGGAGGAAGAGUUGUCCAUGAAGGUAUUUGUCUUUCCCUGCUUCAUCGAGAACCCUUGCAAAUGGCUCGAGUCAUUAGGUCUCCACCACAAAGGAAUGUGGAGAAGGAAGUGCAAAUGCUAUUCUCAUUGCCCAUUCGGUCUACUCCCUGGAAAGACUAAUGGAAUGUUAGAGGCGUGGGGAAGCCUAAAUGAUGGGGAGUUUCCGAAAGAUUCUACAUUGCCAGGUUAUCUGAGUGGAGGUUCAAACCUUACCCUUCUCUCUGGUUGGUCUGAGUACUAUAAUCUUCGAUCUUUGCCAAUGUCGAGCCCAGUUUCUGCAAUACUCUCACACCCUUUGACCAUUCACUACAUAGUGACAGCUCUAGCUAUAAUUUCUAAGAAUUGCUUAGUCAAAGGAAAAGAAGUGAUUGUGCAUUACCUUGGCCCUGCUGCUGAGUUAGACUGGAUGCCUGCAUUUUCUGAGUUAGGGCACCUACUUAAUGGGUUGGGCAGCCUACAGAUAGUAAUGAUCGGUCCUGAAGUACCCAGCAACCUGUCGGGGACUGUUGCAGGAAUUAGUGGUAGAUUGAGAAUUCAUUUUGCAAGAGGAAUGUAUCAAGAACAAGCCUCUUACCAAUCUUCUCCACAUGUUGUGAUUGCCCUGAACAGUGGAUUGGAAAACUACGGGAGCUGGGAGGGUGCUCUGGACCUUGUUAAGUCGAUGAAUGUGCCAACUUUUUUCACUGAAAGAUCAGAGAUAUCGUGUGCAAAUGCUAAGCAAGUGCUACGAAGGGCUGGCCUCCAUAUCACUCACCCUGUAACACCAAACCCAUUCCGAUCGCCACUGCGUGACCAAGCACCUUCGAACAACCUACCGUCAUUCAGCAAUGGUUUCAUCUUUGGUGUGAAUACCUGACCUUUCGAACACUUUCAGGGCCAUGUUUAAAUGUCUAGAAGGAGAUAGAUUGUAAGAGCAAUGGAUCAGGCUGGGAACCAAGCAUUCAGAACAUUUUGAUUGUCAUUCAUCUGUAUUACAAAUGUGACAAGAUUAUCAUACUUAUUUUUGAGUAUUUUAUACAGCACUUUUUUUUGUGUAAUAAA